AUGGUGGACAGCCGUGUGACAGUGCCCGAUCGUCCAAUGGAAUAUUUACUAAGCACCACGGUAUCUGGCAACACUCCACCAGCCCCGCUCCCUCUCGCCGUCGCCGUUCUCGUGUUAUCCGAAACGUUUCCAAAUAAAUAUAAUAAGGGGUGCGAUCUUAAGGCACCGGGGCCGAUCUGUUAUUCAGCGGGCGGUCGCUUCGCAGCCGUGCAGCGCAACUCAAUAUUUGAACAGAUGUGCUUUCGGGGCGGGGUGGCGGCAGGCGAGAAUGUUAUUUUUAUGCGACCUACAUGGAAAUGUCGAUGCCGAUGCCGAUGCUCGCGCGGC